AUGAGCCCGGAUAAUCUUUUUGGCGAUUACAACCGGGGCUCCCCAAACGCAGCCCUCUGUAUUAUCCUCCUUUGGUGCAUUCUCAAAGAGGCAAUGAUUGUUGUCAAGAGUUCUUCAAUUAGCACCUAUUACGCUACUAUCAACUCUUCCUUUGUCUUCAACAAUGUUGCAACUAUUCUCCGAGCAAAGCAAGCAAGACAGCAAGAUCCUUAA